AUGUCUAAAAUUGCUUUAGCCAAAUUAAACGUAGAUCGCGCAACCACCUAUAGUUAUCUCAAACCCAAACAAAGCGACAGUUUAAAAUCUGCUCUUAUUUCAGAUAUAAUCGUAAAUUUACCUACCGGCUAUGGUAAAUCGCUCAUUUUUGAUUUAUUACCCAUGCAAGAAAUCGGAAGAGCUGGACGGAAUGGCAUACAAAGUGAGGCAAUACUAUUUUUCAAUAGUAGUGAUAUUGCCUCCAACACUAAAGUCACCAACACAAUGCAUAAUUACUUAUGA